GCCUUUGGACGUAACCAUACCAUCUUAAGCGUUUCUCCUUGACCUGUUCCAUAAUGGGAGACCAUCUUCAGUCAUCAAUAUAAGUAAUUAGUAACAUUACAAGUACAACAACAAUUUACAGACAGCCCACACAGCGCUGGCUACGUUAUACCUUUUGGCAACAAACCCUGAUAAACAAAAGAAGCUAAGAGAAGAGGUAUUAAUGAAGCAAACUCGGAGGCCAUACUUGAAGGCGUGUAUAAAAGAAUCUAUGAGGGUGCUCCCUGUGGUCACUGGUAACGCAAGAACGUCCACUAAGGAAUACAAUCUGCUUGGAUAUAAAAUACCGAAAGGAAUUAUGAUAGGACUCUCUCACCAGUACUUAUCAGUAAAGGAAGACCACUAUCCGAGACCUGAAGAGUUUAUUCCCGAAAGAUGGUUGGUAGACAAGCAUGAUCCCCUUUAUCACGGCAACACACAUCCUUUUGUAACCAGCCCUUUUGGAUUUGGAGUAAGGAUGUGCAUUGGCCGACGUAUAGCCGAGUUAGAGUUAGAAACUUUCAUAUCCAAAGUUGUGGAGAACUUUCAAAUAGGCUGGAAAGGAGGACCCAUUCAAGUUUCCGGCACUUCGCUUAAUUAUAUAACUGGGCCUUUUAAUUUAAUUUUUAAUGACAUAUAGAAAAGUACUCGUGGAAGCCGGUUUUUCCAAACCGUUAUCAUGUACUUGGCGCAAAACCUUUUAAUUUCAGUGUCGUUCGUAAAACCGUUAUUUUUAAGUCGGGUUUUACCGUUAUUAUUAACCGGUUUAGAACAAUAAAAACCGGUUUCUUCCUAUGUCGGAGUCUUUGUUUACGCGAUGCCAGUACACCACCAGGCAGGCUGGCCGUCUUGACUCUAGUCGCUUGUCGAAUUAAAGGUGUAACAGUGUGACAGCGACAAGGUGUAACAGCGCGGCUUACGUGGGCGAAUGCGAUCCGGCGCGGCGUGGCGCGGCGCGGCAGCCCAACGGCAUCGGCAUUUGGAGAUCGCCCACGUAGGACACUUCCACAACCGCCCCGCGCCGCUUCGCGCUCGCGAGUUAUUCGCUCAGGUAAGACACUGCCUAACGGCGCGGCGGGGCGGCCCACGGCAUUCGCGUUCGCAACGAGAUCGCCCACGUAGGACACUUCUAUAGGUUUCAAAGGAUUGAUUCACCCGCGCCGCGCUUCGCGUUCACGAGUUGUUCGCUUACGUAAGCCGCUGCGUAAUAGUGUAAAUAGUAAUAAAUAUUAAAUAAAAUAAUGGUGUCGCAUAAA